AUGCUUCCACCCAUUUCCGUGCAAUCUCCUUGUUUUCCCAUACUUUCCCUUGUCAGGCGUUUCGAUCUUUCGAGUAGUGGUGGCAGUGAUGGCAUAGUUCUGCAAAAAGUUGGCGUACCGCCGUCUUCCGCACGGAACGUAGCAAGUUUUAGUGACCGAGUGGAUUUGGUAUUAUUUCCUUGUAAGCUUGGGGAUCCUGCGCAACCGAUUGGGUGGCCUCAGACAAAUCAGCAGGAAUUCACCGUCAUGGUGAAUGACCGCUUCAUUACUUCAGAAUUCCCACGAUGCCCAUCACGAAGUGCCAGUCACCGCACACUGGCGGGGAUGCCACUUUCUUCAUUCCUUCCGAAGGGUCCUGAUGGCGGUAUCGCAGCUGAGGCAGAGCUUAAAAUUCUUGUCGUGAGACGCGGUAAAUGGACCGCAACAUUCCUCCUCGCAUGGUGUAAUGUAAUAGAACCUGAAGUAAUAAUUGACCGCACCAUCGCUCGCCUUCUUCGUGAACCGCUUUCCACACCAGCCAAAGCAAAUGAAUGGGAUUCGGCUUCUUCAUCGGCAAGUGCUGCUGAGAGUGCCGCAGGGGAUUCAGAUAUCGAUGUGGAUAGUGGAUGGGUAGACGAUAAGGCCGAUAAUACACAUAAUAGUGGCGGAAGGAAUGGUCGUAAAAGCGCUGAUGCGCCCAACCUUCCAAAUGGGACCGCAGGCGACAACGGCGUUCAGGACGGUGAGGCGGUUGUCACCCUUCGCUGUCCACUUAGUUACGGUCGAAUGAAAAUUGCGGGUCGGGGUAACCACUGCUCACAUUUAACUUGCUUCGACCUCCUGACGUACCUUAGCGCAUCUCUUCAAAGCAAUUCGUGGAAUUGCCCUAUAUGCGAUGGACCUGUAUUUAUUGGCGACGUUUGCAUCGACAGUACACUUCAGGCUGCGUUAGAGGGCUUGGACUCUAACGCAUUUUCUGUGGUUUUAUUUGGUCGAGACCAUAAGGAGUGGCGUAGCGUCGAAGGCGCAACAUGCGGUAGUGAUGAAGAGAGUGUAGAUGGGUGUGAAGUCAUGAUGGUAGAAGAAGAAGAAGAGGAAAUAAACCAGCAGGAGAAGCAGCAGUCUGAAUGUCCUUCACUACCACUAACCACAUGA